AUGGCUUCUUCUCUAUCCUCCUAUGUCUUUGAUGAUGAAGGCAUGACUUGGAUUACCUGUGAUCUGUGCGCUGGAUCCUUCCAACGUGGGUCUGGGUUAUGCCAGGCCUGUCAUGGAACCAAACUUCGUCGGGUUUCCUACAGCUAUCUCGCUACAGGAUCCUCCCCUCCCCAGGUUCAGGGAGGCACCACUCCUCCACCUCCUCCUCCGUCCAGAGGUGGCCAGCAUGACCGUUCUCACGGAGGCUCAAGUGGUUUCAGUGUCUAUGGUCGCCGUUCUUGA